UUAUUUCCCGCUGUUUUUUUCCGGCGCCGUUCUUCUUAAGCCCUUAUCGUCUUCGUUGAAGGUGAUGAGUAUGGUUCAGAAGCAAGAAGAAAUGAAUAGUUGUGGUGUCAAUGUUGACAAAGUAGAAGCCUUUACAGUGUCACCACAGGAAAAAGGAAGGAAAAACAAGAGAAAGUUAGCUGAUCCUUCUCAACCAAACGCUGCUUCCCUCACUGAAUUCCCUCCAUAUGAGUUACCCUCGUUGAAACCUCAGAACCAUUUGAGCGGAAAUGGGUUGGUUGGGGAAGUUUCUAAUCAGCUGCAACUUGAAGAGUCUGAAUCUGUCGAAUGGGAUGACCCAUUUGCCUGUCAACUUGAAGAAUUGUUGUCAUCAAAUUUGCUCACGCUCUUCCUUAAUGCAAUGAAGGAGCUUAUUGACCUUGGCUACACCGAUGACGAAGUUCUGAAAGCUAUUUCAGGCAGUAGGCUCUACUGUGGAGGCAAUAAUCUUAUGUCAAACAUUGUCAAUAACACCUUGAGUGUUCUCAAGGUUGGAAACGAAGGUGCUGGUUCAAGAGACUAUGUGUUUGAGGAUUUACAACAGCUUGUUUCGUAUACGUUGGUAGAAAUGGUAAGUCUUGUUAAGGAGGUUAGGCCGUCCCUAUCAACAGUUGAAGCUAUGUGGAGGCUUUUGAUGUGCGACUUGAAUGUCUUGCAAGCCUUUGAAGUUGAAGGCGAUGGAUUGGUGAGUUCGAGUAAAUCAUCUGAUUCCGAAUCUCUUGGUGCUGAAUCUAAUCCUCCAAACUCUAGUGACCCAGAUAACCCAAAGCCUCCACAGUCCAAUCCUCAAAGCAAUCGGAAUGAGCCACUCAAGUUUGGAAACUUCCCAAAUACACCCAACUCCAAAAAAACUCAGUCUAGUGAAACAACACCAGGAAAAGAAGUAUGCUCAGGUAGCACUGUUUCUUGUCAAGGCAUGAGAAGUACAUCGUUUACUCUAGUCUCUGAUGAAAAAUUGGUAUCUUGUCGAAAAGGCCGUACUAAAAAAGAGAUAGCUAUGCUUCGGCAAAAAUCAUGUGUGGAAAAAAUUAGGACUUACAGCAAAGGCAGUGGAUAUAAGGCGGCAAAGUUUGCAUCAGUUGGCAGCUUCCUUUUAGAGAAAAGAGUCAAAUCAUCUUCUGAAUUUGUGGCAAGAAAUUCUUCAUCGAAGAUAACAGCAGAGAUUGGAGUGAAAGUUUCAUUAGCUGAGGAUAGCGGCUGUUUUGUAAGAAAGAACAGUAAGUUGGAUUCACCUGUGGUAAUGGUAGAUGCAAAGGGCUAUAUAACUGCCUUACCUGCUAGGUCGGUAAAAUCUGCUUCAAAAAAAAAGUCUGGUUCUGAGUCUGUAACUCUGAUACCAUCAGCUUCAGAAAAGAAGUCUGAUUCUUCGGUACCAUCAGCUUCAGAAAAGAAGUCUGAUUCUUCAGUACCAUCAGCUUCAGAAAAGAAGUCUGGUUCUAAGUCUGAAGAAAAGGCAUCUGUGUCUGCAAAGCUAGCACCAGAUUACUAUGCUGGGAUCCCAUAUGAUGCAGCUCUGGGUAUAUAUGUUCCCCGUGAUAAGAAAGAUGAAUUGAUUCUAAAGCUAGUUCCCCGAGUGAAUGAUCUGCAGAAUGAAAUGCAGGUCUGGACUGACUGGGCUAAUCAGAAAGUAAAAGAAGCAACUGGUAGACUACUGAAGGACCAACCAGAGCUUAAGGCUACUAAGGAAAGAGCGAGAAGAGGCAGAACAAAUGCGACCAGCCAGUUGGAAAAAGCUCACAAUACUGCUCGCAGGCUCGAGCUGGAACAAUCUUUACUGAAGAAAGAGAUGGAAGCUGCUAAGAUAAAAGCUGUUGAGUCUGCUGAGAGCUGUAGAGAAGCAAAAGAGAGAGGGCAAAGAUCAUUGAAGGAUACUCACUCGUGGGAAGGGCAAAAAAUUCUGUUGCAGGAAGAGCUCAAGGGUCAAAGGGACAAGGUGGCAGUGCUACAGAAAGAACUACCUGCACUUCACCAUAUGUCUCAUCUGCUAACGUCCCUUCCUUUCAUAUUCGUAUUUCUGGCUGCUUUGAAGCAAGAAAGAACAGCCAAAGGGAAACUCAGUGCUCAGGCAUCAUUGAUAAAGAAAGAAACAAAGGAACUUGAAGCACUUGGAAAAGUGGAAGAAGAGCGGAUCAAAGGGAAAGCAGAAACCGACGUGAAAUAUUACAAAGAUAACAUCAAGAGACUUGAGAGAGAGAUCUCAGAGCUGAAACUUAAAUCAGACUACUCGAGAAUUGUGGCAUUGAAGAAAGGGAGCAGUGCAGUCAAAGGCCACAAAAAGAGAGAAUCUUGGUAUGACCAAAGUGAAAAGAGAAAGAGAAUGUGUGAUGUGCUUGUCUGAAGAGAUGAGUGUGAUAUUCUUGCCUUGUGCUCACCAAGUUCUUUGCAUUAAAUGCAACCAGCUUCACGAGAAAGAAGGAAUGAUGGAUUGUCCGUCUUGUCGUGGGACAAUCCAGAGGAGGAUUCAAGCUCGUUUCGCUCGCGCUGGGUGAAAGCUUUCUUACCAGUUUAAACUUGUAAAAACGGUCUCUCUUCUCUCUGUGAAGAAGACAGCUUUUGGUUAAAUAACCCAUCUUGGCUUUU